ACCUUCUCUAGUUCUCUGUUUCGAAAGGCCCUACAAAAAGGAGGGCCUCCGCAGAGAGCAGCGAAAGUGAGCUUUGAAAAGACCGAAGUCUUGAAAGUGUGAUAGAAGAAAUGGCGGACGAAUUGGCUCUAGACUUGGAAGAGCUUCGUCACCUCCAAAGCAUCGCCAAGAGGCCUCGCAUCGUCUCUUUCAUCUCCUCCGAGAUCCGCAACCUCCAGAAGUUGUCAAAAGAGACUGUCUCCGCGCCUCUCUCGCAAAUUCCAACUCCUAUUUCAACUGCACCUAAGGUGUCCUCGGACCCGGCUUUGAAAUAUGUUACACUCGGAUCAUUCAGCUGGGAUCAGGACAAUGACAAAGUCAAGAUAUAUGUAUCCCUUGAGGGAGCUGAGCAUGAAAAAAUCGAAACUGAGUUUAAGCCAACGUCCAUUGAUGUCAAAUUUCAUGAUGUCCAAGGGAAGAACUACCGAUGUGCCAUAGCUAAAUUGAACAAGGAGAUUAUUCCGGAUAAGUGUAAGGUGGUAGUUAAGCCUACAAGGGUGAUUAUCACAUUGUUCAAAGCAUCAAAAGGGAACUGGUUAGAUUUGCAGUUUAAAGAGGACAAGUUGAAACCAAAUCUGGAUAAAGAUCGAGACCCCAUGGCUGGAAUCAUGGAUUUAAUGAAAAAUAUGUACGAGGAAGGGGACGAUGAAAUGAAACGAACAAUUGCAAAAGCAUGGACUGAUGCGAGGUCUGGCAAAACAGCCGACCCUUCAAAGGGAUAUCCUUGAGACUAGACUAUGGACUAUGGUGGGAAGUUUUGAUAGUUAUGACUGGAUGGUGUUUGGCGUGUACAUGGUUUCGCAAUGGUUUGGUGGUCCA